UGACAAUGACGCCUCAAAAGAUGGACGGAUGGAUGGAUGGACGAAUGGACGGACGCACAGAUGGAUGGAAAUCUCAAAGCGACAAAAAUAUGUUCCUUUGUGGUGCUGUGUUACUAAACCUUAAUUAUGGUCAAUUAAGUUAAGUAUAUGUUGGGUGUGUGCUGAAUUCAAAAGUAUAACCUGAAAGUGAAGAAUGGCACGAGUACAUCUCUGAUGACACCUACCUAUUCUGACACCGCACGGUGUCAUUGUACAAUUUUGGGAUGCCACAAGCUGAUAUAAAAGCACCACGCUUCGUUUCUCAUGCUCAGCAUCGAGCAUCUGGACAGCAAAGAUGGCAUUUGUUCUCCACACAGUUUUCCUCUUUUGUGCCCUCAGCGGACUGGCGUCUGUCAGUUGGAGUAGAAGUAUUGCUCAAGUUAAAACUGGUCCUUGCUGCCCGAAAGGCUGGACUCAAUUGGACUGUCGCUGUUUCCUCUUCCAAGAUGAAGGGAGAAGCUUCUCAGACGCAGAGAGUGUCUGCAACAUACUUGGUGGGAAUUUGGCCUCAGUCCACAGUGCUGUGGAAUAUGCCGUAGUUCUUGGAGUGAUUGCGAAAGGCACUUCUGACCCUUCCCGCGACAUCUGGAUAGGACUCCACGAAGCACUUGGGUCUGACGAUUUUGUCUGGACCGACGGCUCACCAGUUGAUUUCACUGCCUUCAACACCAACUCCGAUUUCGGAGACUGCAUUGAGAUCGAAGUGGAUGAUGACCUCUGGGACAACGAAUCUUGCACUACAUCAAACAUAUAUAUUUGUGCCAAAGAUGCUCACCAAUGCUUCCACUGACCCAGCCUACAAGCACCACAUAUGAUCGACAACAAUGCAUUUUGGGAUUCCACUAUUCUUUACCUUUUCAACCCAAAUUGACAUCUUCUCAUUUAUUAAUUGCUGUCACUCAAGUAUAUUUGGCAAAGUGGGUUAACGAAUCAGUUCCGCAAUAAAGCUUUUUGGUGUGGGAUCA